AGAGUGAGCAAGGAAUAACCUUGGAAAAGAUGAGAAAACAUAUUUUAAUAGACUCUUUUUCUUGCUAAAGACAAGCGCAACUGAUCGUUGGUCGUUCAACCACACAAUUAUAUAUUAUGAAGAUGAAAACAACAUUAAGUAUAAAUAAAUAAUAUUUGAAAGGGUGGAAAUUUACCGGAUGGCUAGAAAAGAUUUAGAGAAGAAAAGAAAAAAAAAAUGAUGAUAAAGAAACCUACAAAACAUUCUAAUUAAAAAUAACAAAAAAAAUGCGUAAAAUAAAAAUUGAGAAACACCCUCAAGAUGAAUAUUUGAAAAUGUAAAUUUGAUUUUUAUUUAAUUGCUUUACUACCUUUCUUUAUUCCUUUAUUUCUCUUUUUUUUGAAUAAAAUAUGAAAUAUAAUAGCAUUUUUGUGUACCGUGAAAAUGAUAAAAAAUGAUUAUGAGAAGAAACUAAUAAAAUAAAAACAAUGGAAUUUAUAAUUAGGUUCUCUACACUUUUUUUUUACUCCUCUGGAAAGUAAUACUUUUUUAGAAAUUGUACGCUCUUUCUCAGUUUUUCUUUUAAAAUUAAGUUUUGUACUUUAAGGACGUUUCUUAGCUAGCAUGAAGUUAAUUUUCUCUCUUUGGUAUCAGAUUAAUAACUUGUUCUUUGUUUCUUUCUCCAAAAUUCAACAAACACACACACUCUUCUCUGUAUUCCGAGAGAGUGGAGAGAAAGAGAAGGAGUUUUCAGCAGAUCAACUUGUAUUUUACAAUCAAUAUUAAAUUAUUCCAUUUUAUUUCGUGAUUUCAUUCUCGUUAUCAUUUGUUCUGUGCUUUCUGUGGAGAAUUGCGUGGAAGAAAGGUAAGAGAAUAUCUUAGUGCCUACUUGAAAGAAGCGUUAAUCUGCAAGUGUACAGCGACUGCUCAGUGGACGAGCCCCCGGUGAGAUCCGGCUCUGUGCCUCUCCAAAUCUUCCGUCAAUUCGAUAUUCUCUGUAUUGGUGCAAACGGGCGUUGAGAAAGUCAUUCCGAUAAGUGUUUUUCCCGAAGCCAUGGCUCCUGUCAAGUUCUACUACUUCCCUCACAGUCCUCCUUGCCGAGGUGCUCUGCUCACGAUCCGCGCCCUCAAUCUGGACGUGGAGCUGAUCAACGUGAAUCUGCGUGAGAAGGAGCAACUGAAGCCGGAAUACCUGAAGAUUAACCCAAUCCACACUGUGCCGUGUCUGGACGACAAUGGCUUCGUCCUGUGGGAGUCUCGAGCGAUCUCUCAGUAUCUGGUCACCACGCGAGCGCCCGGCAGCAGCCUGUAUCCGACGGAUCCCAAGAAGAGAGCCAUUGUGGAUGCUCGUCUGUAUCUUGAUGCCUAUCUGCAGGCCACUGCCAGGAUCAUCUUCUAUUCCAUUCACACUCUGGGACAAAAAACCAUCGCCAGUGAUAAGAAGAUUCGCCUGUAUCAACUGCUGGAGAGUCUGGAGACGAUGCUGGAGGGCAACAAUUACGUCGCUGGGGAUGAGCUGACUCUAGCCGAUCUGGCGAUCCUUGCUUCAAUCGCCACGUACAUUUACGCCGGUGCGGAUGUGAAGAAGUACAAGAACAUUUUGGCAUGGUACAAGCGCUGUGAGAAUGUUCCCGGCUAUCAGGAGAACGAUCAGGCUGCCAAGGCGUACGGGGAGUUCCUGAAGGGACUCCUGGGCAUCACUGGAACCUGGGAUGAGAGCUUUCCGUGA